CAACCAAGGUGACCUCAUUAAAAAACAAGGCAAUCUCGUAUGUCUCAUUCCAUUUGUCUCUGAUCUCCAAAGACUUCCUCAUCAGAGAAGAGACAAUGGAGACCAAAGCCUGCUCCUCCCUCCUCCUCCUCCUCCUCCUCCUCACCACCCUCAUCCUCUCCUCCGCCGUCCCCACCACCCGCGACAUCCACAUCGUGCGCCGCGACCUAAUGGCCAGCCUCAACGACCUUUGCAAAAAAACCACAAACCCUAACCUCUGCGUCCAAACCAUCCAGCCCCACUUCCACGGCUCCGCCGACCCCUUCCAGGCCCUCUCCGCCGAAGUCGACGCCACCCUCGACGAAGCCAAGAAAACCCUCGCCGACAUCAAAACCCUCCUCACCAAACCCGACAACGGAAAAUCCUUGAAGGACUCCCUAAAGGUAUGCCAGGACCAGUACUCCAGCAUGCUCGACUCCAUCGCCGACACCAAAGCCUCCAUCGGAAAGAAAGACGUCAUCACCGCCAAGUUCAAGUUCAGCGCCGUCAUCUCCUUCCAAUCCGCCUGCAAGGACAGCUUCGGCGGCCAAAAGAUUCCCUUCCUCAAAGAUUCCGACGAAGUUUACCAACUCGGAGGAAACUGCUUGGACAUCAUCGCCGACAUCGAAAAGGCUCUCCCUGCCAAACCCGCACCCGUUCAACAAGCUCCUUCUGCCUUCAGCAACGUCGUCGGAACCGUCUCGUAAAUUUUUUUCAACAAAUUCCUUAUGGAUCGGUGCUGGUUUCGAUUCUGCAAAUUAACCCGCCCUCCAUUCUGAAUUGAUAAUGCAAUUCAGAAUUUUUUUUCCAUGGUUUUUGGACGCCUAUAUUAUUUAUUAAUACACUUGAGAGGUUGUUUAUUUGUUUGCUUUUUUUUCUUUCUUACCAUGUUACACUUGAAUCACUUGUCUCUCUCUCCGAAGGUGUAUUCACCUCGAGGAUGUCCAAUAAAUAUUUUUCCCUUUUGUGUUUUUGGUAAA